CGUCCUACAACUAACUGUGUGAUAAAGUGAUAAACUGAUCGUCAGAUUACCAGAAAUGAGAGAAACCGAGUUAAGUUUCAGUUUCAUCAGAAACCACGAAGCUGCUGAAUAAUACGACGGAUGGAUGGAAUCUGGUGCAGCUGCAGGUAUGAAAGCUGGUGUAGAUGGUGUUACUACACUCUCUGAAGAUCUCCGUAGGUAAAUGUUGUAUGUUCACUAAUGCCAGAUAAACCACAUGACCUCACACACUCUCCAUCUUCAUCCUCUUAGGGAUUGGUUUUAAUCUGUCCAUCAGCUUUUCUCUCUCUCUCUCUCUCUCUCUCUCUGAGGAGACAUCAUGGCUGCACCUGGACAGAAGGUGGUGUUGAUCACGGGUUGUUCUUCAGGAAUAGGGCUGUGUAUUGCGACACUGCUUGCUAAAGAUGAACAACAGAGAUAUUAUGUGAUAGCUACGAUGAGGAACCUGCAGAAGAAACAACGACUGUUGGAGGCAGUGGGUGAAGCGUACGGCAAAACUCUCUCUCUCUUUACACUUGAUGUGUGCAGUGACGAGUCUGUCUCAGAGUGUAUCAACAGCAUUAAAGAUAGACACAUAGACAUUCUGGUUAAUAACGCAGGCGUGGGUCUAGUCAGCCCGGUGGAGUGUGUGUCCAUGGAGGAAGUGAGGAGUGUGUUUGAGACAAAUGUGUUUGGAGUGAUAAGGAUGAUCAAAGCCGUCAUUCCAGACAUGAAGAAACGCAGAGCGGGACACAUCAUUGUCAUCAGUAGCACCAUGGGCCUGCAAGGUGUGGUGUUUAAUGAUGUCUACGCUGCAUCCAAGUUUGCUGUUGAGGGGUUUUGUGAAAGUCUUGCUAUGCAGCUGCUCAAGUUUAACAUCAAUGUGUCGAUGAUAGAGCCCGGUCCUGUCCACACUGAGUUUGAGCUGAGAAUGACGGAGGGGAUCUAUCAGAAAGAUUACCCUGGAUGUGACGCUGAGACACUUCACUACUUCAAGAACGUUUAUCUUCCGGCUUCAGUGGACGUCUUCCAGGCACUGGGACAAUCACCCCAGCAAAUCGCCAUGAGCACUAAACAGGUGAUGGAGACCCGGCAUCCUCGUUUCCGCACCCUCACUAACCCUCUGUUCACGCCGCUGGUGGCUCUGAAGAUGGCUGACGAGAGCGGAGAUCUUUCUGUACGCUCGCUCCAUCACCUGCUCUUCAACCUGGGAGGAGUCAUGAAGAUCAGCAUGAACACACUCAAGUGCCUCACCUGUAUGUGUGUACGGAGUAGAACUGUCCAACCUGACUAACACACACACACUCGCACGCACACACACGCGCACACACACACGCGCACACACUCGAGCACACACUCGCGCACACACACUCGCGCACACACACACACACACCUUUCUCAUUAUUCAUUAAAUAAAUCUCAUAUCCUUCAGUUUUCGGUCAGUACUUUGGGUUUGUGAAUAAAACACUGAAGACAAACCAGACGUCACACAUCUGAAGAAUUCAACACAAUUAUUUAUAUUUAUUAAUUUACAGUAAACUAAAUUUGCAUAGAUUCAAAUCUCAUUCUCUCUUGUGACAUUUAUUUCUUAUCUAAACAUGAGAAGUGUAAAAUAAAGCUGAGCUUCAGGAAAGAAGUGUAUAGUGCAGGAAUUAGUGUGUAUUGGUGUAUAGUGUGUGUGUGUUAGUGUGUGUAUUAGUGUAUAGUGUGUGUGUUAGUGUUACUCUGUGUGUGUGUGUGUGUGUGUGUGUGUGUGUGUGUGU